AUGGGUAUCGUAGAAAAGAUCAAAGAGAUAGAGGAGGAGAUGGCCAGGACCCAGAAGAACAAGGCCACGGAGUAUCACUUGGGUCUCCUGAAAGCGAAGUUGGCUCGUUACCGAGCACAACUUCUCGAACCAACGACUAAAUCAGGCGGUGCUGGUACUGGUUUCGACGUACAGAAGUCCGGGGAUGCGAGAGUCGCCUUGAUUGGGUUUCCCUCCGUAGGAAAGUCCACCCUUUUGAACAAGUGCACUCAUACGGUUUCCGAGUCAGCAGCAUAUGAGUUUACGACUCUAACGGCUAUUCCUGGUGUUGUGGAAUAUCAGGGAGCUCGUAUUCAACUUCUUGAUCUGCCCGGCAUCGUCGAAGGCGCCAGUCAGGGUCGGGGCCGUGGUCGUCAAGUUGUAUCCACAGCCAAAACUGCUGAUCUCAUCUUGAUCAUGUUGGAUGCUACGAAGUCUGACGAGCAGCGUCGAUUGUUGGAGAUUGAAUUGGAUGCCGUCGGUAUCCGCCUGAACAAGAGGAAACCCGACGUCGUCUUCAAGCGGAAGACAACGGGAGGAAUUACACUGAAUACCACGGUCAAGCUGACCAGAACAGAUGAAAAGACCAUAAGGACUAUUCUGGCCGGCUAUAAACUCCACAAUUGUGAUGUCAUGAUCCGAGAGGAUAUUACAACCGACGAGUUCAUAGACGUCCUUAUAGGAACGCGCAAGUAUAUACCUUGUCUCUAUGUUUACAACAAGAUAGACGCCAUCAGCCUUGAGCAGGUGGACAAACUUGCCCGAGCUGACCACAGUGUAGUCACCAGUUGCGAGAUGGGUCUGAACCUGGAUUAUCUCAUUGAACGAUUAUGGGCUGAAUUGGAUCUCGUGAAGGUGUACACCAAGAAACGCGGUGCUCAUCCAGAUUUGGCGGAUCCAAUUUGCUUGAGGAAAGGUGCUACAAUUGAGGGUGUGUGUAAUGGCAUUCACCGAUCGUUGGCCACCAAUUUCCGCUACGCUCUCGUUUGGUGA